AUGUACUCCCAGGACAAGCAACAUUACUCUCGCACCGUUUCUCGCAUUGCCGCUGGUGAAUAUGACGCCUAUCAAGAGCCACUUUCGGCCGAGAGUCUGGGAUGUUUACUGUCGGAUCAUGUUCAGCAGAACCUUGCUCAGGAACGGAUACGGGAGAUGCAUACCUUUCAACGUGUCAUGGAGAGAGAGAAGCACUACUUCGAGUUUCGGCACAAAAAGGUUAGGCGUUUCAAAUGUGACAAUCCUGAAGAUAGUGAUACCGAGUAUGCGCUUUUUCCCACCAACAAUAACGAAGUCUGGGGUUCCGGAGUUAACAGUGAUAUCAGCAUCAAUACUCCUCCGUAUGGAAUCCCCUACGACUCCGAACAGCCAUUUGGCUCCCCAGACCGUCCCGAUGAACGGAUGACCUCAACCCCUGUUACCCCUGUUCAAGCUCACAAAUAUCCCCACCCUGUCCACAAAGCUGUAUCCAGUAUGUCGGGGGAUCUGGGAUUGGGCCUGAGUUUGCACAAGGAGGAUACUUCCGAGGCAACCUCUAUUGCUGAGCAGAUCCCGACGGUCGAAAUCUCUCCACCGACACCACCUGUCGAUGCCGCGAUCCCCAAGAAGAAAAAGAAAAAGGCCAAACGCAAGCUCAGACACACGGGGAAGAAAGCCAAAGCUCGGGCUGUCGCCGCCGCUGCUACUGCCGCCGAUCAUGUCAUGUCGUCCGAAAAAUCCGAUGACAACGAGGAUACUGUUGUUCAAGCUGAAAAUAUCUCGGCUUCAUCUGAUAUCGCCAAUAGAAUCGAAGCGGAACUCCCAGAGAAACCGGUUACCUUUACACCAAGCUCAUCCUCUGUCUCCGAUAAGGACUCACUGAAUUACCGGCCACCAUCUUCAGAGAUUGAUUUCCUGACUGCUGCUAAGCACGACCUAGCCCAGCAUGCUAUGGGCAUCACCCUGGCCAUAAAUAGGGAGGGCAAUGGGAAUCGGACGUCGCAAGCUAUGGAUAGAUUUGACACUUCAGCGGCUGUGGAGAUUCCGGAAGAAGCUUGGGAGCUCCACGAAGCUUGCUUUGCUGAUGAUGAGCAAUCCCCCGAGGAUAUCGCUCCCAUGUGGGAUGGAUAUCAAUCACUUGUUGAGGAACGACAGACACAGGUUGAACCGGUAUAUUUUACGCAAUGGGAUUCUCCAUAUCCAAACAUUGUCUGUCACACCUACUCAAUUUGCGCGUGGCAGCCAGCUUGUAGAUUUCACCAGCGCAAGGUGGGCUGUGGUUGUUGGCAUUGUCCACUGCCUCAGCGAAGUUGUUGUUGUGCCCAUGCGCCGGUAGACUGUUAUUACCAUUCACUGGUGCCAGAAGAGAAUCCGAACUACCCCGAACGUGAAUACAAGCACGACGGUUCUGUUUGGCGAGGUCCAUUCACUUACCGAGAGUACCACACCUCAGUUACAUUCACUACACAACGGGAAGUAUCAAUCCCGUCAUCACCUCACCAUUCUUCUCUCUCUUUUUUCUUCCCUUCCUCACCCUCCCCUCCCUCACACUUCUUCCGAUAG